AUGUCUUAUUAUCUUCCAUCCUUUUCUGCGCCUCCUUCGAGGCCUGGCUCGCUCGCCGCAUCUAGAGCCAACUCCUAUUCAGCAGCCCGAAGCAGGCCCAAUAGCAGACCCGUCACGCCUCGAGGCAACUCGACUGCCCCUGUCACUCCCCUCGCCUUGACGAGAGAAAACAGCAAGGAGGAUGAAGAUGAGGACAACUCCGACGAUGCAGUGAACUCGGAGAUCAUGCACAAUGAAAAGGGUGAACCCAUGAUUGGAAGAAUCGUGGGUGGAAAAUAUGUCGACGCCGAAAAUGAAGACAUUGAUUCGGACUGCGGUCCCAUCAAGACAGUGGACAUUGACAUGCCAUUGACCUUGACUGAGAUGGUCAAGCACAAUGACAAGGAAUACAUUGUCCUGGCCUUUGCCACGGGCGAUAAGGAAAACCCUUUCAACUGGAACCCGUGGUACAAGCGAAGCAUUACAACAAUGCUAAACUUAAUGACGCUGUUCAUCGGUCUGGCAACCACGGCUUACAGCUCUGGAAUCACCAGCAUGUGUGAAGACUUUGGUGUUCCCACAAUCAUGGGCCAACUUGGUCUCUUCACCUUCAACUUUGCCUGUGCUAUUGCACCCAUGGUGCUCGCUCCCUUUUGCGAGCUUGUCGGUCGCAAGAUUGUGUAUGCUGGGGCUUUCCUGUGCUUCUCGCUGCUGUUCAUUGGCUUGGCGUUGGCCAAGGAUAUCAACACCAUCAUCGGUCUCCGUCUCCUACUUGGUCUCUUUGGUUGUGUUGGUACCAUCCUGGUGGGAGGUACAUUCGACGAUAUGUACGAACCCCACCAGCGAAGUCGUCCCAUGGCCAUGUUCAGUUUCAUCGCCAUCUUUGGUACAGUUGCUGCCCCCAUCUAUGCUGGAUUCAUUGAUCAGAGCCUGGGCUGGCGCUGGAUUGAAGGUAUCCAGGGUCUUGCCAACGUGCCCCUCUUGAUCAUCAUCUUCGUCGCUUUCCCGGAGACCCGUGGUGGCGCUCGCCUACACAAGCGCGCCAAGCAGCUCCGCAAGGCCACUGGCGAUGAUAGAUAUGUUGCCGAGGACGAUAUCUAUACCCCCAACCUGAAGGCUAUGCUCAAGGCCUCCUCGGUCAAGGCUAUCCGUAUGUUGGUCACUGAGCCCGUCGUCUUUGCCUUUGGUCUCUGGAUUGCUUUCUGCUGGGCUGUGGUCUUCCUCUUCCUGUCGGUCAUCCCCAUUACCUUUUCUGAGAAGCGGGGCUGGUCAGAGGGAGUGUCUGGACUUCCCUACAUCUCGCUUGGAAUCGGAACCUUCCUUGGAUGGGCCGCACACCACCUCCAGAUGCGCAAGUACAGCAAGCUCAUUGAAGACCCCAACGUCAAAGUCGUGCCCGAGCACCGUCUCUAUGGUGCCAUGUUUGGUGCCAUCUGGCUGCCCGUGGGUCUCUUCAUCUACUCCUUCACCCAGUAUGCCUUCCUCUCAUGGGUUGGACCCGUCAUUGGCCUUGCUCCUAUCGCCUUUGGUAUCUACUUUGUCUUUGAGAGCACAUACAGUUACACUGCAGACUGCUACGGCGAGAGUGCAUCGUCUGCCAUUGCUGGACAGGGCCUGAUGCGAAACACCUUGGGUGCAGUCACCCCGCUGUUCGCCAGUGCCUUUUUCCACAACGUUGGUAGUCAGUACGCUGGUCUCAUUUUGGCCUUGUUUGGCACCUUUUUGAGUUUGAUUCCAUUCGUCAUGUUCAAGUUCGGCCAUAAGCUGCGAGCUCGAAGCAAGCUCGCCAAGGUGUACUAG